AUGGCUUCCUCCAACCUCCCCGCCAGCUACAACACCUUCACCCUCCCCACCCUCCAAUUCUCCCACCACCCAGCCUCCUCCCCGACCGUCACCCCCGUCAUCAUCCUCAAGCUUCACCGUCCCGCCGCCCGCAACGCCUUCACCCAGGAAAUGGCUACGUCCCUCAUCGCCGCCUUUGACCAGCUCUCGUCCGACCCCCGCGUCAAGGCCAUCGUCUUCACCUCCUCCGACCCUUCCAACAAGUUCUUCUGCGCGGGAAUGGACUUCAACGCCGGCGGCCAGAUCUCUUCUUCUCCGGACCAGCACCGCGACGAGGGGGGGCAGGUCAGCCUCGCCAUCCACCGCUGCACCAAGCCCGUCGUCGCAGCCCUCAACGGCUCCGCCGUCGGCGUCGGCAUCACCAUGACCCUCCCCGCAAACAUCCGCGUCGCUAGCAAGGACGCUAAAGUCGGCUUCGUCUUUGGCCAGCGCGGCUUCUGUCUUGAGGCCUGCAGCAGCUUCUUCCUGCCUCGCCUCAUUGGCACCGCAAAGGCCCUGCACCUGGCCACCACGGGCGGCGUCUAUCCCGCGGGCCACAAGCUCUUUGACGGGCUCUUUAGUGAGGUCGUCGAGGCGGACCAGGUGCUCCCCACGGCGCUCAAGAUUGCGGAUGAGAUUGCUGCCAAUGUGAGCAUGGUGUCGGCCACGGUGAUGAAGAACCAGAUCUACCGGGCGCCGGCAACGCCAGAGGAGGCGCAUCUGGUGGAGAGCAAGAUGUUUUACUCGCUUGUGAGGAGCAACGAUGCGAGGGAGGGCAUCGAGAGCUUUCUGCAGAAGAGAAAGCCUGAGUUUAAGGACACCAUUGAUGAGAAUGCUCCUCCGGGAUAUCCUUGGUGGGCGGCAGUGGACGUGAGGCCAAGAUCAAAGCUUUGA